AUGAUAAACGAAGAGGGUGAAGAAGCAUAUUGCCAUGAUACGCAAUUCGACUAUGUUGGUUUGGAGAAAAAAGUUGUGCCUGCACCUACGGAGCCGUCACCGGACUUGGGUGAACAUGACACAAAAAUAAAGACUCCUAUUGGUAGGCCGCAACGAAAGAGGGCUCCAGCAUGGUAUCAGCGCACUCCGUUCACAGUGGUGCAAUCAACACCAAAAGUAAAGAAAAUCAGCAAGACAAGGAAGAAAAAAAUAGCGGAGAGUCCUGAAAAAACAAAUGAGGACAUUGUCAAUGCAGAGAGUAGUGACGUUCCUUCAAACAAUCUGUUGUUGGACAGUAUUUAUACUACUAGUCCGAUGAGUUUCUGGCAAGAAUGGAGUUUAAUCUCUCCCAAACUGAUCACUAAACAUAGGUUGCAUAUCCUCCCACUAGAUAUGGAUUUUUGGGCGAUGUUACUUUCUGUUAGUGACAAAGGGUGGCGGCCGGCGAAUGCUCGGUGGACUCUAUAUUCUGAAGGAAUCAAUUUGGAACCCAGAAAAUCAUAUGUGUUUAGGAAUGUAGCAGAUGGUUUUGGAGGUUGUCCUAGAUGGAAGGAUGUGGAUACGGUUUUAUUUGUAAUAAAUGUUGUGCAUGCCCAUUGGUUUUUGGCGGUUCUACAUUUAGAUACCUGGAAAGUAGAAAAUUUUGAUUUAGCACGAGUUGCGGGUUACUUCUCAACGUACAACACUAAUGGAGAAUUCAAAAGUUUUGGAGAUAGUAUUAUCUCAGAGUUGGAUGCCAUUGAUUAUUGGAGCCAUUUCCCCAUUUGA